UCAGUCAUGCCCCAGGUGAUUACCACCACACAAGAAAGCAUCUACUUCAGCCUCACGGGCAUCCCUGGAUUUGAGGCCUCCCACAUCUGGAUCUCCAUCCCCAUCUGCUGUCUCAACACCAUCUCCAUCAUGGGCAAUACCACCAUCCUCACUGUCAUUUGCACAGAGCCAUCUCUCCACCAGCCCAUGUAUCUGUUUCUCUCCAUGCUGGCACUGACGGACCUGGGUCUUACCCUCACCACCCUACCCCCAGUCAUGCAGCUUCUCUGGUUCAAUGUUCAUAGAAUCAGCUCUGAGGCCUGUAUUGCUCAGUUCGUCUUCCUUCAUGGAUUCUCCUUUAUGGAGUCUUCUGUCCUCCUGGCUAUGUCCUUUGACCGCUAUGUGGCCAUGUGCUGUCCCCUCCAUUAUGCCUUCAUCCUCACCAAUGAAGUCAUUGGUAAAAUUGGGUUAGCCAUCAUUUGCCACUGUGUUCUGGCAGUUCUUCCCUCCCUUUUCUUACUCAAGCGACUGCCUUUCUGCCACUCCCAUCUUCUCUCUCACUCCUAAAAACUCCACCAGGAUAUGAUCCGCCUGGUCUGUGCUGACAUCAGGCUGCUCAACAGCUGGUAUGGAUUUGCUCUUGCCUUCCUCAUUAUUAUCAUGGAUCCUCUGCUCAUUGUGAUCUCCUAUACACUUACUCUGAAAAAUAUGGGCACAGCCACCUGGGCUGAGCGACUCCAUGCCCUCAAUAACUGCCUCUCCCACAUUCUAGCUGUCCUGGUCCUCUACAUUCCCACGGUUGGUGUAUCUAUGACUCAUCGCUUUGCCAAGCAUGCCUCUCCACUGGUCCAUGUUAUCAUGGCCAAUAUCUACCUGCUGGCACCCCCAGUGAUGAACCCCAUCAUUUAUAGUGUAAAGAACAAGCAGAUCCAACGGGGAAUGUUAAAUUUCCUUUCCCUCAAAAAUAUGCAUUCAAGAUGA